GUAAUACGGUAAUAGUACGGUGUCGAACCGGUACUAGCCUACUAAUACUGUAAUACGGUACUUGUCGCUGUCGGCCUGUAUUACAGUAUACUGUACUUUUCUGCUAUUACAGACAUUCUCAUUAUUCAAUCUAGUUAAAUCCAUGUAGCCUAGGCGAGUUACAAAAUAUUAUUGUAAUAUUUUUCCAAGCUGUUUGGUACUGUUUAACUACAUUUCUGCAGUUCAGACAUUUGAAUUCUAUAAAAAGAUUGUGUCGUCAUCCUGAUUUUAGUGUUGUAAUUUUAAAAUUUGAAAGGACAUGGCCGAGUUAUCAGGAAGUGUUCCACCGUAUUACAGAGAUGUGUAUGAUACGUUAUGUCCUGGACAAAAUGACAAAAUAACCCGAGAAGUUUUAACUCAAGUUCUUUUGAAAUCUGGUUUAGAGAAAUCAACUCUUAGUCAGAUAUUGGAUUGUAUUGGUUGCAAGGAUGGUGUUGUUACACGUAGUGUUUUAUAUAAAGCAUUGGCUCUAGUAGCUUUUGCCCAACAAGGAAAGACAGUCAACGAAAAACUGCUUGAAAAUUUCUCUGGCCAAGAGUUACCGAAGCCACAGCUGGGAAGCAUUCAAGAAAUUAAAUCCUCACUGUCACAAAAGAAUAAAAGUCCUACGUUAUUGCAAAUGGACUUUUGUCAAAUAUGUGCAGUUGACAAAAUUGAAGUUUUGAAAGCUCCAGAGAAAAAGGGAAUUUUCUUAAAACAUGUUGAAUAUGAGGUUAAAAGUACAAGGUUUAACAGUACAGUAUUACGAAGGUACAAUGACUUCGUAGCAUUUUACGAAAUGUUACAAAUGAGGUUUCCAUACAGAAUGCUACCGAAAUUACCACCCAAGAAGGUCAUAGGAGCUGAUAAAAGUUUUAUUGAAGCAAGACGGAAAUCAUUACGAAGAUUUUUAACGAUCGUCUGUUCUCAUCCUGCAAUGUAUCAAGACCCAAUCAUAAGAUUCUUUCUUACGUUUUCCGGAAGCGAAGUCGUUCACAAAAUUAAAGAUCAAUUUCGGGGCUGCGCUGAUGAGUUUCAAAUGAGUCCACUAAGUAAUGAAGCAAAAGAUCUUGUGCCUGCUGACACACAAAUGCAAUUUGCUUCAACUAAAGACCAAAUAAAACAAGUAACAAAUCAUGUUCUGGCUAUGAGGGAAAUGGCAACAAGAAUUACUGACAGAUCAAAAGGAAAUGCUUUCGAUUUUCAUGGAUUUGGUAAAGAAUUAGUUGCUUUAGGUGCAGACACUGCUGUAUUAUCAUCUUGGGCCACAGGUGGUAAUAACCAUUUGCAAGUACUGAAGCAAACAUUUCGAGGAUUGUCGGGAGAAUUUAAUGCAAUUUCAGAGAAACUCGUGCUACAGGCAACUCGAGAAGAGGAAGGACUGGUUGAUCAACUUAAUCUUUUGUAUGAUUUGCUACAAGCCUAUCAUGAUUUAUGUGACAGACAUGAGCGAGGUGUAUUAAGAGAACAUCAUUCUGCGUUGAGAAAAUAUGGAGCAAUGAAAAAUAAAAGAAUGGCAGCAACCAUCAACAACUCAGAACAAGGAGCAAUUGAUAAAAUUGAAUCAAAAAUCGUCGCUCAAGAAAAUGAAAUUUUGACGCAAGAAAACAGGAAUUAUUAUUCACUUCAUUGCAUCCAUUUGGAAACGCAGCUCGUUCAUACAUACUUACAAAUAUUAGGUGAAGUUGUUACAAUGCUCGUUGCUACCCAGGUUAAAGGUCAUCGAGAGAUGUGUGAAUUAUGGGAGAGCCUCACCCCACGAGUAAGUGCCCUUUUAUCCGAAACAAGCCCACCUACCAGUCCGAGGCCUGUGUCACCUGGCGGAAGUUACUAACAUGUCCUAAAGCUUGUCUUGUACUCGUUAUCUUUUACAUUAUGAAAAAUAGCUCGAGAUGUGAUAUGCAAAGUUGCCUCCAUGAUGCAGUUUAUUAUUCACCAUCAUAUAUUAUAUUCAAUACUCGUUAGACAAAGUGAAAAAUUUCAGAUUUUCUGCGGAAAUUCAGUGUGUAUUGAUUCACUUUUUCUCUACUUACAUCGUACUUUCAACAUAUUAUGCCAAUUUACCUUUAAUUGGUAUCGUUGCUCAGUGUUUUUCUGUUAUUUACUUGAUUAAAUAUUAAUGAUUCAAAGUUAGAUUUUGGUGUUUUUAUAUAAUUUAUUUCAUACCUCUCUUAUUCAUUAAUCCAUCACAAAUUAAUCAUAUGUUGUCAUGAUAUUUUUAUGAUAGGCCAAGAUUUCAAUUAAUGUCAAUAAUAUCUUGAUCCAUAAUGAAUAUAGUAAGCUGCUAAAAACCAAACAAAAUGAUCAAUUUCAUUAAUGACCUGUAGAAGAACUAUUAUAGCUUAGUUUGGCUGGAUAAUCAAUUUAGCAAACCAUAAUCAUUAAUGUCUCAUCAGUUAAUUUAAAAAAUGAAAAGAUUUAAAAUACUUCAUAUAUUUUUAUUUUAUUUAGGAGAAGGCAAACUGUUUUUCAUACUGUCUCCAAAAUUGCAUUUCUAAAUCUAUCCAUGCAAUCAAUAUGCUUGACACUACUAUGAAAUAUUUCACCCUAUUUGAAAGAUAUUUAGGUCAGUGGUUGGCAAAGUUUUUAAGUGCGGCCCAAAAGGUAAAAUGGAAAAGGUUUCAAGGCCCAAGAAUUUUGUUGAGAAUUCAGAAUUUAACCAUGUAAUAAACUUAAAGGACAUUUAAUUUGUUUAGUUGAAAUGAACGUAAUGUAUGAUCGUUUGAUAACUAAAAACAAAAAACAAUUUGGCUAAAAAUUUAUAUGUAAUGAUGGAUUUAUAGGACUUUUUUGUGUAUCCAUAAUUGAAAUUUAUUUGAUGCCCACUGGAAAAUGCUCGGCGACCCACGAUUGGGCGCUCCAGAAGUAUGUGUGCCAAUAUGGAGGUAACUACUUUUGUUCGCCCAUUUUACAUCAAAUUGUGUAAAGGGACUGAAACCUAUGGGCAGGCGGUAUAUUCACUUGUCUAACACAGACAGUCCCCAAACUCGUAAUAGAACUAAAAUAAAGAAAAUCGGAAUAAAAUUAUGGCCUAACCCUAACCUGGUACACAUACUUCGGGAGUACCCACGAUUGGGCCGCGGCCCAUAGUUUGCCGGCCACUGAUUUGGGUCUCAGUACAUUUUAUUUUAACACUAUUCAUUAGUGCCAGUGAGAAAUUAUAUGUUUGGUCAUUCCACUAAGGUUAAUAAAAGUCAUUUGAAUCUAUAUUUUGCAUUCCACAUCAUAUUCCAUCAAUUAAGCAUUCAUAAACUGCAUCACCUAUGUUUGUUCCUGUUUUGUGCCUUAUCUAGCAUGCGUGAUGCCAUGUUUCAUAAAGAUAGUAUAGUUUCAAGCAUGUGCUGGUAACAACAGUUUACUGCAUGUCUGUGUAUUUUUUAUCGUUUUCCCCAAGAUUCAUUGGCACUCCAGAAGUGUAUGAAACAAUGUGGAGGUAACUAAUUUUCUACUUUCCAUCAAGUAAUGUAAAGAGACUGAAGCCUAUGGGCAGGGGGUUUUUUCACUUGGCUAACACAGACAGUCCCCGAACUUGUAAUAUAACUAAAAUAAGGAAAAUCGGAAUAAAAUUAUGGCCCAACGCUAACAUGGUACACACACUACUGGAGUACUGAUUCAUCUAUAGGGAAUGGCAUUUGUAUUCGCUUCACAGUUUCUGGCAUCAAGAUUUUCACAUACAUCGCUCACAUCUUAAAAAAUGAGUUUCAUAUUUGUCGAAUGCUGGUGCUCUAUAUACUCAUUUUGUUAAAACAUUGAGAACUCUAGUAUUCAGAUUUUUGAGUUUCCACUACUGAAUUUGAUCAGUGGUAUUUUUUAUAGGGUAUUUACUAGUCUGUGACCCAUAGCAAGGGAGUUCUGUACUAAUUCACGGCAUAGUAUCUCCAAUCCGAGUUUAGCUCUAUUCUGAUCUUACUGUGUGCCUUUCUUUUAAGAGGGUAUGUGCAAUAUUAGCGUCUGAUUGUAAGUUGUAUCCUUUUAUUACAGUUUAUUCAUACAUUUCUAAUGCUGCUAAGUACUGUCAAAUUCUAAUAUUGUAUAAUAAAUAUAUAAUUUCUA